AACUCUAACAUCAAUGAAGUACCCGAAGGUAGCUGGCUACGAACUCGUACAGCAAAUCGGAGGUGGCUCGUUCUCCACUGUCUUUCGAGCGGUCAACAUCGAGAAACACACUGUUGCUGCUUGCAAAGUCAUCCAUAUCUCUGAGAACACAACGGAGAAGGAACGCACGUCCGUUGAUAAGGAGAUUCGCAUCCAUACUGUCCUCAAACAUCGCAAUGUCCUCGAGUUCCUCCAUGCCAUCGUGGUCGACCUCAAGUACAAGGACAAGUAUGUCCCGGGGAUAUAUAUGGUGCUGGAGCUAGCCGCUGGUGGUGAUUUGUUCGACAAAAUUGCACCCGAUGUUGGCGUAAGUGAGGAUAUCGCUCACUUCUACUUCAUGCAGCUUUCCAGUGGAAUGGCAUAUAUCCACAGCGAGGGUGUAUGCCACCGGGACCUAAAGCCAGAGAACCUCCUCCUCGACGCCGCCGGUACACUCAAGAUCUCCGACUUUGGUCUCUCGGCCGUCUUCAAGCUAAAGGAGUCGGGGAAAACGCGUAACCUUAGUGAAAGAUGCGGGAGUUUACCGUAUGUUGCCCCUGAGCUGAACUAUGAUAAACCCUACGAGGCUGAACCAAUCGAUGCAUGGGGAAUGGGCGUCAUCCUCUUCACGAUGCUUGCUGGAAAUACUCCAUGGGAUGAACCCAGCAAGCGAAGCCCCGAAUUCCAACGCUACCUUUCCGGAGAGAUCUUCAAUGAGGAUCCAUGGAAUCGCUUGAGCGAGGGUCCUCUUUCGCUUAUAUGCGGACUGCUGACGGUUGAUCCCACCAAACGCACAACUAUUUCCGAGAUAUUCGUGCAUCCCUGGUGCAUGCGCCCGAGUCAAAUUGCGAAGCGAGGCGCCGUUGCUCUCGCGGAAGAACUAACAGAAUCGUUACGAAAGGCGGGAGACCUUGAAUAUGCCGAACCCACGUUCAUCAAGAAGGACUCAGAUGGUGAUGAUGUCAUGGCGUCAAUGCCUGCACAUCAGUCACAGUUCACACAGUCGCUACUGCUCUUCUCGCAAACGCAGUCCGGCCGGAGAUACACGCCUCACUUGACGCGUUUCUAUACCUCAGUGCCCCCAAGCGAUAUGAUCGGACACAUCAAAGCCGCAUUCGACGCACUCGACGUUAAGUGGAAAGAUGCUCCCGUUGUAGCAGACCCACGGCCAGACGCCGACCCCGAUGAGACCAUUACCGAGGAUAACCAAGAUUUGCAGACGACACGAUUUAGGCUGAGAGUAGGUGGGUACGAUCGGCGGAAUAUCAUGUUCAAGGGCUGGGUGGAGCUCGAACCAUUCUCUUGGAGGGAGCAAGAGGGGUGCUUUUGUGUGAUGACACGAGACGUCGGCAAUCCUAUCUCGUGGAGACAGCUCUGGAAAGCGGUGUUGAAGAGCCCGGGGGUUGAGCCAUAUGUUCUAAGGAAGUAGGGUGUUUGCAUACCCCCGCUGCUGUCCUCCAUUCAUUGCCUUCAUCCCAUAUCUGACCACACUCUCGUAUGUAUCAAUACGAGGACUAUGCUUUAUAUAAAUUUAUAUUCCCAGCCGUCGGCGAACUGUCGUCUCAUAGGUCAUGGG